AUGAAGAAAAAUCCUAUUUCACCACGAACUCCUAAGUAUCCAAAGUAUUCUGAAGUCAACAAUGGAAGAUCCAAUCCAUCAACACCAAAUGGGAUCAAAUCUCCAAGGCUCCAGCUCCCUGCAUAUGAAACUCCACAAACAAGGAAGGAUGUUGUGAGCGCAACGUUUGUAUCUGUUGCCGGACAAAAGCUCAAAUCCUUACCUCCAAGUGCAAAGAACAAACAUGUCAUUGCUCUCAACUUAGAAGACAAUCAAUUAAGUAUUAAUUCAUUAAAAGACCUUCCUAAGAACCUCACAUCUCUUUCAUUAUCAAACAAUCCACUUUUAUCAUGCGCCAUUCCUAAAUUUGAUCGCUUGCGUUCACUUGUUCUUGAUAAUUGCCAAAUAAAUUCAUUCGAAGGAAUGCCAAAGUUCCCUAAUCUCAGGCUUUUCUCAAUUGCCAACAACAACAUAUCGGAUUUAAAUGAAAUUCAAAUCUUUACAAAACUUGAAACAUUAAAUCUCUCAAACAACGCAUUUGACUUCGAUCCAGUCAUCUGUAUUGCAGCCAUUGGAUCCAUAUGUCUUACGAAGUUCAACGGAAUCCCACUUACUUCACUUGUUCUUACAGAAGCUUUCAAAUUUUCGCCAAUUGUUGGCUAUGCGCUCAGACACGGCCGCAAUCCUCAAAGAUACUCCAACGCUGAAGAGGAAAUCCAGGUUUCCCAGGAGUUUUUGAACAAAAAUUUGAUUGAGCAAUUAACAUCUGCCGGAAUGGAUCCAUCUCUUGCGCAGUUCAAGACAGAGACAGUCGGCGACAACAUGUCUUUGAUACUCCCGUUCACCGCAACCAACAUCAAAUGGUACAGAGAUGUUUUGCCAACGGAACAGAACACUUCUGAGUGGGCUUCUGUACAGGGCAAUGUUAGUAAGGACACACCGAAUGUUCUCGAACUUACAAACAUCAUGAAAAUGCAUUUAAUUAAGUGCGAUUUUACAAUGAACGAACAAAACUUCUCAUUAUACACUGACCAACCGAUAGGUCGUAAGCCAAAUGUCUUAGUUCUUCCUUUCCCACUCGAUCCAGUCCUCGCUGGCCUUCCUCUCGAAGGAUCUAUGAUUUCAUUAAUUCCUCUUCCGAUUCCUACAAAAGUUGCAUGGGUUUCGGGUACAAGAAUCAUUAAACAAGACGAAACAGCAAUUAUUGUCUCAAACGCAGAGAUCGGAAAGCCAGUUACAUGCUUAUUAGCUCCAUUCUGUCCAAACUUCCCCAAUAUCAUCUUCGCGACACUCUAUACAGAAACAAUGACCGUACAACCACUACUUCCUACAGUUUCAGGUGUUACUUUCCCUGAAAUAAUUAUUGAAGAAUCCGAAAUCGAGUUUACAAGGGUCAUUACUCCAGAUAGAGAAGGAAAUUCACAAAUAUCGAUCGAGCACUCCAGAUUCCAGUCAUCAGCAUGGGAAAACGUCGCAAAUCUUUCUCCAGAUAAUUUCAAGUACACUCCUAACCAAUCUGACGUUGGUUGCUACCUCAGGAUCUGCUAUACACCAGAGACAAGCGAAGGAACUCAAGGCGAAACCAUCUAUUUCUACUCAAAAACAAAAGUUUUGCCUCAAUUCCCAACUUUUGAGAACGCAGCGAUAUCCGGCCAAUUAUCGGUUGGCCAUACCCUUGUGGCCACAGGGAAGUACAAAGGAGGACAUCCUGGCCAACACCACUACAGGUGGCUUUUAUGCGACAACAAGGAUGGAAAGAAGAUCACUCAGAAGAUGGCAAAGACAAUGCAGGAGGUAGGUAAUGAAAAAUUCCUCAAAAUCACCCAAGAAAUGGAAGAUAAAAUUAUAUGUCUCGAAAUUUUACCGAUAAGAGAUGACGAAGUUGUCGGAAAUACAAUCUUCCUGGUCUCACAAGGCGUUGUACAGCCUGCAGAGCACGAAGAACUUCGUGUUAUCGAGUAUAAUAAUCCUAUUGUUGCAGGAAAGAAGGUUCAGCUUGAAGAAACCGUCCAAUUCUUCUUGUCUUCACCUGAUAGUCCCAUUGGCUACGAACCGAUUAAGUUCGGAAACUCUUUUGUCCCUCAUUUGGAAAAUGUCGGACAAUUCUUAAGAGUUGAGAGCGAAGGAGCCGAAGGAUUACUCGGAGAAGUGCAAGAGCCACCUCCACUGUUGAAGGCUGUCGCAAUAAACUGCGAAAAAUGCGUGGAAAACGCUGUUGCAAAUUUGCAAAUCAAAGUUCAGCGACUUUCAGCUCAGAACAUCGAGAUAAUAUGGACGAAAGUGAAGAAGGAUACCGAAAAAGUCGUGGCCGUCAACACUUCUUCAUACACUUUCGCUCCAGAAGACGUCGGAUUCCAAAUUCGCGCGAAAGUCACAGCUCUCGACAAAGCAGGUAACGCGAUCAGCUCUCUAACAACAGAUCUAACACAGACAGUACAAGCACAGGGCAAUUCUGUACCUGUUAUCGCUGGAAAAUUCAAAGAAGGCGGUAAAUUGCAUAUCGAAUGCGAGAAAGAGUAUUCAGAAGUACUGUGGUUCAGAAAAGAACGUAACCAAUGGAUAAACAUUGGAGUUGGUAAUGAAUAUACUGUUUCUUCGAAAGAUAUCGGUUCUGCCAUUCGCUGCCAGAUGAAGAUCGGCGGAAACCAAGUCACUGUAACAUCCCGCGAAAUCAUUGACUCAGGACUUCCAACAGCAACGAUCGAAGCCGAAGAUUCUGCAAUUGAAGGCCAAGAAAUACCAAUCACCGUUACAUACAACGGCGGAAAGGAAGGUAAAAGCGAAUGUAAGUGGGAAAGAAUCGGCGCUGAAGAUGUAAAAGUUGUUGUUGCAAAUAAUACAAACACUUAUCAGAUAAAGAAGCAAGAUGUCAACUCAACGAUCGAAUUGAGCUACUGCCCACCACAACUAAAGGAAGGAAGCGCAGUCGCCCACUCAUUAAAGUCAGCCAUGGACCAAAUAGACCCAGAAAAGUUGACGUGGACAAUCGAAAAAGUGACAUUUUUCGAUAGUGAAAUUCUUGCCAAAGACGCAAAAUCAUUUUCAGUUCCUGCUGAUGCUGCAGGCUGGCGUAUCAUGGUCACAGCGACAAAUUCAAGCAAAAUUAAGUCUCCGUCAAAAUUUGCCAAAGAUCAGCGUAAUAACUGCACAUGGACAAGAGUUGGCAAUGCCAGAAACACAGUCGUAGUAUCGAAAGAGCUGAAAUACGUUCCUACGUUGGAAGAUGUUGGUCAUGAACUGAAAUUCUCCUACAAACCAGUCAGAAAGGAUGGAGUCACCGGCGAAACAGUCACUCAUGAGUUUGGACCUGUUAUUGCCGCAGAUCCAUCGAUUUCUGAUGCCUCAUUUACCCAAAAUUCUGAUGGCUUCCUCGAAGUGAAGUACAAAUACACUGGCGGCGUAGAAGGAAACACAACCAUCCUCUACCACAUCAAAGAUGCCAAGGGACAGCUUACUUUGUUCGCUAAAUCCCCUGAAAAAGUAAUUUGUCCUCAUCCGGACCUUUACAACAAGGAAGUGGUCGUAGAUGUAAUUCCAACACGCGACGAUAACGUAAAGGGCCAGAAAACUCGUGUUGGCUCUGUAAUUGUAAAACCAAGGCCUACAGUGAUCGAUGCCGAGAUCAAAGCGAAGAACGGAGAGAUUAAGCCAGGAAAUAUCCUGAAAUGCUUCACGAAAGUAGAAGGAAAUGGAGAAUUAUUCUAUAGAUGGUACAGAUCAACCGAUAAAGCGAAGGCUGAUGAUUGGGAGUUGAUUGAAGGUGAAGAGAAACAAGAGUUCACACCAAGAGAUAUCGAUUCAGGCUAUUUCAUCAGAUGUACCUUGUUUAUGAAGAAUUCUGAAGGCUGGGAGAGCGAUAUCUUCGAAACAAUCACUCCUAAGCAAGUCGAUGCCGCUCCUGUGAGGGUCUCAAUCGCAGGAGGAGAGCAAGAACUGGUAACUGCAACAAAUUUGACUGCAAAAGUGACAGACAAAGGCCAAGAAUUGGAAAAUGUCACUGUAGUAUGGCAGAGGAGACUGGAAAACGGCGAAUACGUCGGCAUUGCUGAAGGAAAUAGUUACUUAACGACAGCAAACGACAUUGGAAGAAAGAUUAGAUGUUUGUAUGGUAAAAACGUCUUUUCCAAUGAUACAAAUGCUGUUUCUCUGUCCGGAAAGAUGAAGAGUAUGGUAAAUGCUGUUGUUAGAACAAAGAAUUUCAAAUUUGUCGCAAAUGCUUCUUCAGGAAACUCAACAUGGACUGUCCAGGUCACAGAUAGUGGUUUGUCAAUGAAAUCAAAGCUUGGCAACGAGAAAUCUGGAAAAUGGACAACAGUUUCUGCAGAAUGCGUCGAUGGAACAAAAGAUGAGAUCAAGCUGACUCUGGAUGUCUCGACUUCCUUUGUUUUGGUGCCUGUUGUUGAGGAAGAAAGAAUUUUAUCUGCAAUUGGACAGAGAAACGUAAGAGAUUUCGUUGCUUGUGUAAUUAAUGGUUUCUCUAAGAAUGUGAAAUAA